UGUUCAGAUCAUAAAAGAUUUUAAACAUCUUUUGCAGACAGCAGGAUCUUUGAAAGCUGUUAUUGCCGAGCACAUGGUACGAUGGAAGGGUGUAGCCAGUCCUUGGGUCACCCUGUACUAUGCUGGGGUUCCCAUAGCAACAGCAGCCGCUGCAGCAGACAGAGCAGGAAGUGUGUGUGAGCGUGUGUGUGUCUGAAGGAGAGGAGCGGGUUAGCGCUGAGAAAGGAGAGGAUGCAGAGAGUACAGGAGGAAGGCAGGACAUGAGGCUCUUCCAACGGCACACCUGUGGAGCGUAGACAGAGCUUGUGUGUGUGUGUGUGUGUGUGCACGUGUGCAAUGGAGGGUCACCUGUUUCAUGUCUACAGCCACGUGUACACUCUUAACAGUCUGUACGCUCAGAAUAUGACGGUGAUUCUGGUGCAGGUGAAUCCUGGGGAGACGUUUACCAUUCGGGGGGAGGAUGGUUCACUGCAGUGCAUCCAGGGUCCAGCUGAGGUUCCCAUGAUGUCUCCAAAUGGGUCAAUCCCCCCCAUCCAUGUUCCCCCAGGAUACAUCUCACAGGUGCUGGAGGAUACCACGGGGGUCCGUCGAGUGGUGGUGACCCCUCAGUCUCCAGAGUGCUACCCUCCUUCGUACUCCCCAGCUCUGUCUCCCACACACCACUUGCCCCCGUAUUUGGCUCACCCCCACUUCAUCCCCAACUCUCAUUCCUUCUACCCCGUAAGCCCGGGGGAGCUGCCCCCCCACCAGUACUACCAGCACCACCUUCCCCCCAUGUACGGCGAUCCAGAAAUCAUCCCCGUUUAUGGGAUGUCGAGCUACAUAAGCACAGAAGAGACGUACAGUAAGCCGCAGCCUAAAAAGAUCAAGGAACCACGGCAGCUGGAGCCUCAGAACCGGCUCAAUUCUCUGCCCUCCGCUCUGUAUAAGGGCAGCAUGGGACCGGCGCACAACGGAUACAGCAACAAAACGCACGCCUCGUCGCUGGGGUCAGUGGGGUCAGGGAGCGGAGUGAGCAGUCCAGGGGGUAAGAAACCAGAGAGACGACUCCGCUGCAGCCCCAGGAACAAUGAGCCAGAGACACACACACAAGAUCAUGACUCAGAGGGGAAACGUGUUCAAGAAAUGCUGUCUACAAUCGAGAAACCACAGGUGACCAAUAUUCAGGCGCGGGCUGCUCGGCUGUCGUGGGCCCCCCCAGCUGGGCUGGUGAACAGGCAUAGUAAUGGGAUGCCGGUGUCCUGCUCCUAUGAGGUCUCUCUGUCGGAUAAGGGAAAGGACGGAAAGUAUCGGCUUAUUUACAGUGGUGAAGAGUUGGAAUAUCAUCUGAAAGACCUGAGGCCAGCGACAGACUACCACGUCCGGGUGUCUGCGGUGUACAACUCUGUUCGGGGGUCAUGUUCUGAGCCCGGUUCUUUCACAACGCACUGCAGCGUCCCCGAUGUCCCGUUACCCCCGAAACUGUCCCAACGCUCUAAGACCACACUCAGCCUACAGUGGAAGGCGCCAGGCGACAACGGAUCCAAAAUUGUGAACUACCUGCUGGAGUGGGACGAGGGAAAGAAGAACAAUGUUUUCAGAGAAUGUUACUUUGGGAAUCAGAGACAUCAUAGGGUGACGCGGCUGUUCCCCGCCUGUUGCUACACGUUCAGAGUGGCGGCGCAUAACGACAUUGGCACCAGCGGCUUCAGCUCGGACGUGGCGUUCUACACCGUGGGCACGCUGCCCGCUCUGCCCCUGGCACCACGGCUGGUCAGGGCGGGGGUGUCCUGGGUGACCCUGGAGUGGGCGCGCCCCGAUGGCAGUUCCAACGAAGAGCAGCUCAAGUACACGCUGGAGAUGCAGGAGGACAACAGCGGAACCGACUUUCAUCCAAAGUACACUGGAGAAAACUUGACCUGUACUGUACAAGGCCUGAAGAGAAGUACACAGUAUAAAUUCAGGCUCAUAGCGUCAAACAUGGAGGUAAGGAGCAGUCCAAGUGAAGUAUUGGUGUGCACCACCAACCCAGACAAGCCAGGCCCUCCAUCUACACCCCGUGUCACCGCGCCAACGCCCUACGCUUUCACCGUCACAUGGGACCCGCCCCAGGACAACGGCGGCGCAGAAGCUCUCUCGUACCUGCUGGAAGUCUCAGAGGGAAGCUCUGAAGAAAACCAGUGGGAGGUCGCAUACAGUGGUCCAGCGACAGAAUGUGUGUGUGAGCGACUGACACCCGGGACCUUUUACCGCCUGCGCGUGUGUAGCAUCUCCACCGGCGGACACAGCCAGUGCACCGUUAGCGUUCCGGUCCGCACUUUAAGUGUUCCGCCAGGUCCCUGCAAGCCGCCAAGGAUUGUGGGUAAACCCAAACACAAGGAAGUGCAGCUAGAGUGGGACUCUCCUGUGUGUGAAGGGGUGUGUGAAGAGUGCGUGUACAGCCUGGAGAUGAGUGAGGGAGACGCCACUCCCGCAGAGGUGUACCACGGCCUGGAGCUGCAGUGCACGGUGGCUAGCCUGCUCCCCGGAGCGACGUACAGCUUCAGGCUGAGAGCCGCAAACGAGGCAGGGUUUGGGCCAUUCUCUGAGGUGACUGAGGUAACCACCGCAGCGGGACCUCCUGGCCAGUGUGGGGCGCCACUUAUCACUCUUACGAGUAACACCUGUGUAUCAAUCAACUGGGAGAGCCCCGAGGGUUCGGGUACAGACAUCUCUGAAUAUCGAUUGGAGUGGGCGAGGGAAGAUGAACCCAUGGAGCUCAUCUACUGCGGGCCAGCCACACAGUGUGAACUGUCAGACCUGACGCCUGCGACAGAUUACUGCUGCCGGCUACAGGCGGUGAACCACGCAGGCGCUGGUCCGUACAGCGAGCAGGUGAGCUUCCGGACACCAGCGACGACCCCCGACCAGGUGUCGUCUCUCGCGCUGCUGGACCCGCCGUCGUCCCCGGAGACGAGCCACUCCCCGUCGACCUGCCUCCUCCUGAAGUGGGAGGAGCCCAGCAGCAACGGUGCGGACAUCACGUCGUACCUGAUCACCGUGGGGGACCAGACCAUCGCCGUGGAGUCGGGGACGAGUCACCUGGUCACAGACCUGCAGCCAGACACCGAAUACAGUGUGCAGAUCCAUGCAGUGAACGCCAUCGGCCCCGGCCCCUUAAGUGCGCCGCUUUUGGCGAGGACACGCCCCCUCCCUCCACUCCCGCCUCCACUGGAGUGUUCGGCUGCCGGUCCUCAGAGCCUGAAGCUGAAGUGGAGCGAAAACGCCGGACACGCUCGAGCUCUGCUGGCGGACGAGAUCGCCUACACGCUACAGAUGGAGGACAAGAACCACAGGUUCGUGACCAUCUAUCGCGGACCGAGCCACACCUACAAAGUCCAGCGACUGAUCGAGUCCAGCAGCUACAACUUCAGAAUACAGGCCAUCAGCGAAGCCGGGGAGGGACCCUUCUCUGGCACCUACACGUUCUGCACCACCAAAUCUGUCCCACCUGCUCUGAAAGCCCCAAGGGUGCACCAGCUGGAGGGGAACGUGUGUGAGAUCACAUGGGAGACCAUUCCACCAAUGAGAGGAGAUCCUGUCAGCUACGUGCUGCAGGUUCUGGUGGGACGCGAGUCAGAAUACAGACAGGUUUUUAAGGGAGAGAAGGCUGCAUUCCAGAUCUCCGGUCUCCAAGGAAACACAGACUAUCGUUUCCGAGUUGGUGCGUGCCGGCGUUGCCAGGAUACGUGCCAGGAGCUUAGCGGACCACUUAGCCCCUCGUCCCUGUUCACGCUGCGCCGCCAGGAGGCCAGCGUGUCGGGGGAACAGUGCACCGCGGAGACCGGCAAAGGGGCGGGGCUCAUCUCCAGCGACGAGCGCUUCGCAGCGCUGAUUGUGUGCGCCUUCGCGGGCUUCUCCAUCCUCAUCGCCUGCUUGCUGCAGUACUUCUUCAUGAAGUGAGGGAAACAAUAGGAUAGAAAGAGAAAAACAAAAUCACAUACACAGAAAAAAACUUUUUAAAAAUGUCUAUGAAAGAAAUCAAAAACACUUGAUGUAUUUUUACGGCUAUGUAUGUUUUUUUUUUAGUCAAAGUAUCGAUUCAAGCUUUGAAAUGUUCUGGCUUCUCUCAGUUCCGUUUUAUUUCUGUCGUCUUUGGAUCCUUUCCCGAGGGUUUCUUUCGAGGAAGCUCCACACUUCAAUCGGAAAACAAAGUUGGUUGAUCAAGCCUUAAAACCGCCGUGAGCAAAGCACUCGCUCCUCACACUGCCUUGCAUGUUUUUAUUUUGUAUCCAAUUUUUUUUUUAUACUUAGUAGUUGACGGUCACUGCCUUAAUUCCCCUGUUGGUUUGUUUUUUUUCUAUGCUGUUUCCUGCAGUCUGCACAUUCAACCAUUUGCCUUUUAAAGCUUUAGCUUUUCAUUCAUACGUAAAGAGCCGAUGCGUUCUUGCAGCGACAAUGAAAAAGACGCGUUUUUUUUUUUCUAUCUGCUCAGCUUUUAUCAUUCACUCACUCAGCUACCAAAGUGAUGCAAUCUAUCUACAGUGUAAAAUGCUGCUAUCCUGUGAUUUUUAUAUGUUUUAAGAAAGAAUGGAAAACCGGUAAACUAAUAUAUACAUAUAUACAAUAUAUGUAUUUUAUAGCAAAUAUCUAUAAUUGAUGUAUUUUUAACUGAUGGUAAUGUAAGGUGUGAAGUACAUUAUUAAAGUGGAUGAGUGGUUCUCAUGAACGGGAGGUCAGAAGCUUGCACGUUUGAAGGAGCCCUUAAAAAGCUCGAAGUCGCGCAACUGGCUUUAGAGAGCCAGGUUGGGGGAAGGGCGCCCCUCCCCCAGACUGGCUUUGAAGGGCCAGCCUGGGGGAGGGGCGCCCUAACUUUUCUGAACACCUGCAUCUCGAUAUGAGCGGGACGUCCGCAGCAUCACAGACCCAGAGGUACUAACGCCCAGCGAGUCGCUACGCUUUUUAGCUGGGGAGACCAAAACAAGAAGUCAGUUUUAACGUUUUCCGCCCACCCCCCCCCCAGAGAAAAGAAGACUAGAGCAGAAGCCGCUCCUCCCUCCUGCUCGUCUGUGAAUCGUUUGAUGAGUCUUCCUCUUGUUUUUCAUCUGCUAACGUUCUGCUAUAGCAGGGGUGUCAAACUCAUUUUGGUUUAACCUGUCUGAUCUCAAGUGGGCCAGACCAGUAACAUAACAGCAAAAUAACCUGUUUUUGUUUCGUUUUUUUCUCAGUUGGAAAAACAACCUAGUAGCCUAUUCACCCAAUAAAUUUUUGACGAGAACAUUUUGGAUUGUGCUGUUAAUCAUUUUUAUAGCAAUUUAACAGCAGUGAGUCUAGCGGAGAACCAAACUGCGUCAUACCCACACGUGACACGCUCUUGCAAAUUUAUUUCUUCAUCUCUUGUUAUGCCAGUAUUUCUUUUCCUUUGCUCCCCCUAGUGGCUGAAUUGCACAUUGCAGGCACUUCUUUAACAAACCAUAACUUGUCAAAGGAAUGGGCUAGAAACUUGCUUUUUUUCUCUCUCUGUUCAUGACUUAGCCAGAUUAAACUACAUGGUGGCCCGGAUGUGGACCGUGGGCCGGAUUAAACCAUAUGGUUUUCUGGAUGGGGUCCAAGGGCCGCAUUAAACUUUAUGGUCGCCUGGAUGUGGCCCGUGGGCCGGAUUAAACCAUAUGGUUUACUGGAAUGGGGCCCAAGGGCCAGAUUAAACCUUAUAGUUUACUGGAUGUGGGCCGGAUUAAAACUCAUGGUGGGCCAGAUUAAACCAUAUAGUUUACUGGAUGUGGCCCAAGGGCCGGAUUAAAACUCAUGGUGGGCCAGAUUAAACCACAUAGUUUACUGGAUGUGGCCCAAGGGCCGGAUUAAAACUCAUGGUGGGCCGGAUUAAACCAUAUAGUUUACUGGAUGUGGCCCAAGGGCCGGAUUAAACCUUAUGGUGGGCUGGAUGUGGCCCGCGGGCCAGAUUAAACUUUAUGGGGGCCGAAUGUGGCCCAGGGGCCGGAUUAAAACUGAUGGUGGACCGGAUUAAACCAUAUUGUGGGCCAGAUGCGGCCCGCGGGCCGGAUUAAACCAUAUGGUUGGCCAGAUGCAGCCCACGAACUGGAUUAAGCCAUAUUGUGGGCUAGAGGUGGCCCGCGGGCCGGAUUAAACCAUAUGGAGGGCCGGAUUAAACCAAGCUAGCCGGAUGUUUGACACCCCUGCUUUAUAGGAUUUUUUUGUUUAUUUGUUUUUUUUUUUGCGGCGGCUGCUUUGCUGUUGUCUUAGGCCCCUCCCACUCGCUCUUCAUCCUUCUUCUAAUUAAGUCAUAAUUUCUAAAAACACACCCCCUCCCCCAUUUGACAUAAAACCAAGCCAAGGUACAGCCCAUUUCACAACCCGGCAUCUUCCAUGGUGGUGGUGGGAGGGGUCUGGGUGUGGUUAGCUGUGAUUGGCAGCCCGUAACGCUCCUCCUCAGGGAUAAGGCCUCGCAGUGAGGACGAGUUAUCCUGUCGUCACCGUACUAACCUUAAUCUUUAACAAAACUAUUAACACGCCCUUCUUCGUCUUCGCCGUGCCUUGCUGUGUUCGCAAGCAAAGUGGUUUACUAGCUAAAAAAAAAAAAUGAAAAAAAAAGGAAAAACUUUGCCAAAGUUGGUGGGAAAGAUAAGGUAGAGUUCUUUUCUAGGUUUUUAUUUAUACUAUGUAUUUGCAUACAGUACUUUACAUGCCAAUUACAGUGCAAUCUUCAUUUAUUUAUUGUUUAAAGGUAAAGAGACAAUUGUAGUUAUAUACUAAUUUUUCUUGUAGCAUUGUUUUUUUUUUUUUCUAAUGGAUGUAUGUUAGAUUGUAUGAUUAAGACCAGCAUUCCUUCUCAUAGUAACCCUUUAAAUGUUUCUCUUGCAGCUCAUCAGUUGUCAUUCAAACAUGUACCCAAACGUAUGUUGAUUCAUCUCCUGUUUUUAUUUUUUAUUUUUCUGUAACGCUUAGAAACAUGUAGCAAACCCGGCUUUGGGGUCAAGUCCUCUGUUUUGGGAUAACCUGUUCUGCCUUUUAUUUUUUAACCUAAAUACUGUUAUAAUGAAGCUUCUUCUGAUAUCUUUUUUACAUGUUUAACACCAAAGCACGGGCUUUUUUUUUUUAAUCCUCCAGUAGCUUUUCCAGUUAAUCUUAAGGGUUCUGUGAUGUUUUCAGUAAUGACACAGCAUUAUGAUUAUUAUUAUUAUUAUUCUCGGAAAGAAAAAAAACGCAUUAACUUGAUCUGUGAUUAUGCUUCUGUUCAUGUUAUCUCUUCUGAUUUUUUUUGUACCAUUUUUAUUUUUAUUUUUAAAGAUGUAUAGCCCCUUUCAGAGGAGAGCGAACUGAGGAGGGAAAGACGGCAGACAAAAACAAUCGCAGCAAGACUUGAGGCAGACGGAAACUUCUAGUGCUGGUGUAGCAGUCAGUCAGUAGUGAGCGUUUUGUAUCCAGUGUUUUUGUUGAAAGAGAUGAUAUACAGAGAUAUCUAUAGAGCUUAUAGAAGAGAUUCCUUAUUACUAACAAAGUUGAAGCACUUUUCUUGUGUCGAGCAUUAAGACGCGACGAGCAGAGCGACCCCUUUGCUGCGUUCCGAACACUACUGCCAACGCUUACUGUUACAUUCAUUGGCAUUAUUUCUGCCGUUGGCAUCACUGUGACAUUGGCAUUACUGGAGCGUGGCGCCGAGCUCUGCAGAAUGCAAACUAGCGCACCAAGGAAGCCACUCUUCGGUGCCUUAUCCAGAUUGUGUCUACCUAGCCUUGUUGCGUUGUAAUCCUUAAAGGCGGUGACGUUUUGGAACAAUCGUCACAGUGUGAACCGAAAGGCUUUGUGGUACUCCCGUUUUUGUUUGAUUUUCCAAUUUUUAACAAACCGUCUAACCUCCCACUUUUUCCACAUUUGGUUUAUUACUACAAAAAAAACAGUAUUUUAUAUUUCUUUUUUUACCCAGCCAACCAACCCCCCCAAGUCUGUGCCUUCUGAUCUAUUGUUUAUGUACCUGUAUUUUUUUUUUUUUCUUGACUGAAAUAUUGGCGAUUAGACAAACGUACAGAGACUCGCAGGUAUUUAAGUAUUUUUUCAAAGCAAAUCAAAAGAGACGUAUUUUUUACCUCAUGAUCUACGAGCAAACAUUCCAAUGUUGUCACGGUCUGCCAUUUGACAGAAACGAUUUUUAAAAAGAGAAAAUACGAAAAAAAAAAAUUAAAACUCAUGCAUUUUUUUUUUCCUUCUUUUAUUGUAAAUGUUAGACAAUUUCAUAUGCAUUAUAUAAAAAGAAACUGCCAUAUCAAUUUUAAUGUAUAGAUUUUUUUGCAAAUACUACCCAUGUAUGUAAGACGUAACUGUAUCGGUAGCGUAUAUAUAAUAUAUUUAUGCCCAAUAAAUGUUUUAAUUUUUCUGA